AUACCAAUAGCCUUUGUUAACUAUUGUAGUCGCCACAGGAUUCUCGCGUUGUUACAGAUUCUACUGCUUGUCUUCCCACCUCACAGUACACAGACGUUGCAGCUGCUAGAUGUGGGUUGCUUCUCGCCUUUUGGCAACAACUACUCCAAAGAAGUUACUAAACAACCACACUAAAGCCAGGCCUUAAUAGGCAUUAAGAAGCGUCACUUCUACAAGCUGUUCUAAGCCGCCCAGCACCAAACAUUCACCUCUGAGCUUGUGCUAAGCUUGUUCAAAGCCACAGGCAUAUCCCCACUAAAUUUAGCUGUAAUACUCAAGAAGUUUAAGAAGAAGCCUAGCAGUAGCAAAUACUGAGUCUCUUCCUACGUCUAGGUCCUCCAACCAGGACUGCUGUAGGCCGUUAGGCUUGCCUGUGAAGAUGAUGCCUGGCGACAGCGUUGAACCAUCAGCGCAGAUCGCUGCGAUUAUUGUUAUCCACUCUCUAUUGCCAUCCUGCA